AUGGCUGAAGGACUAGGCAUGGCUGCGAGCGCCAUCGCCGUCAUUGAGUUGUCGGCCAAGGUUGCUUCCCUAUGUCUACAAUAUUCCAAGAACGUUAAGCAUGCCAAAGAUGAUAUCGAACGAAUCCAGUCGGAGGUCAGAAGCUUGAAAGUUGCUCCAUACACUCAAGGACAGUCACUUUCACUUAAAAAGCUAGAAGAAAAACUGAAGCCUAGCGACAUGCGUAAGGUGACGAAGCGAUUUGGGCUUCGCGCCUUAAAGUGGCCGUUCGAAAGCAGGGAUGCAGAAAAGCUGGUUCAAGACUUCGCAACAUUCACAAACAAUAUCUCUCACUGUUUGCAAGUCGAUCAGACGUCUGCUCUCCUCGCACUUGACCAGAACAUUCAUAAUAUGGGUCAAAAUGCGACGCUCGACCAACUUCAUGUUGCCGAAGGCGCAGCAUUUGACUCGCAUGCCGAAGAACAUAACCCAACCUGUCUUGAAGGUACUCGAGUUGCCCUGCUGGAUGAGAUAUCGCAAUGGGUCGAGAAUCCGAACGCCAGAACGAUAUUUUGGCUAAACGGUAUGGCUGGCACGGGCAAGUCCACCAUUUCACGCACCGUCGCGGCCCAUUAUAACGAACAAAAACUUCUCGGUGCCAGCUUUUUCUUCAAGAAGGGCGAUGGCGAUCGAGGUGGCGCGUCAAAAUUCUUCACCACCAUCGCUUCUCAGUUGGUCUCAAAAGAACCGGCCCUUUUACCGCACGUCAAAAGUGCCAUCGAUAACAAUCGGCGCAUAGUCGAAGAAUCUAUGCAAGAGCAAUUUGAGCAGCUUAUUCUAGAGCAUCUAUUCAAGAUCUCUCAGAUCGUCGGAGUAGCUAGCACUUUCGUCAUUCUAGUCGACGCGCUUGAUGAGUGUGAGCCCGAUGCAGACGUUAAACUCCUCAUUAGUCUCUUCUCGCGGGCCAAAACAUUGACGUCCCCACGACUACGAGUUUUUGUCACUAGCAGGCCUGAAGUACCAACUCGUCUUGGAUUUAGCGAUAUCGAGGGUAAUUUCCAAGACUUGGUACUUCACGAAGUACCCGAACCGGUCAUCAAGCAUGAUAUUUCCGCAUUUUUCCAGCAUGAGCUCGCGAAUAUUCGAGGCAACUACAACAAAACCGCGCCUAAAAAUGUACAACUGCCACCAAGUUGGCCGGGCGAAUCGGAAACAGCAGAUCUCGUAAAGAUGGCGAUUCCCCUCUUCAUCUUUGCUUCUACGGUAUGCCGCUUUCUCGCUGAUCGAAAAUGUGGUAACCCCCGUAAACUGCUUAGAGAGGUCUUGGACUACCGAACUAACAACCAGGAAUCUCAGCUUGAUGCAACAUACCGUCCAAUACUAGAUCAGCUGAUUGUUGGUCUUUUUGAAAAAAGGAGGACAGAGGUUCUAGGACGGUUUCGCACCGUGGUCGGCUCCAUCAUAAUUCUUGAGAGCCCCCUCUCUGUGUCUGCCUUAGCACGGAUGCUUAGCGUGGCUCAAGACAGCAUUUAUGAUGCGCUGGACUUGCUUCAUUCGGUCCUAAGCAUACCACCGUCAUUCGAAGAUCCUGUUCGACUCCUCCAUCUUUCAUUCCGCGACUUCCUCUUGGAUCCAAAGGGGCGAGGGGAGAACCCGUUUUGGGUAGACGGAAAAGAGGUUCAUAAGCAGCUUGCGGCACAAUGUCGCCGCGUAAUGGACGGAUCUCUUCGAAGAGAUAUCUGCGGACUUCAAGCACCAGGGAUGUGUCGUUCAUCUAUAAACUUACAGAGAAUCAACCACAGUCUACCGCCAGAAGUCCAGUACGCCUGUCGAUAUUGGUCGUAUCACUUACAAGAGGCUGGGGUGCAGAUUUUGGAUACUGACGAAGUAUAUAACUUCCUUAACGACCACCUUUUGCAUUGGCUGGAGGCAUUGAGCCUAAUGGGAAGAGCUUCAGAAAGCUUAGGUAAGAUUAAGGUAUUACAAACUCUUGUUCAACUCAAUGCUAGUAACACCCUCAAUUUCCUCAUUGAUGCGGAACGUUUUGUCCUCGCUAUGGGGUUUAUCAUUCAACAGGCGCCUCUUCAAGUAUACUCAGCAGCACUCGCCUUUGCGCCCAAGAGGAGUAUUGUUCGACGCGUUUUCGAGAAAGAAAUGCCACACUGGAUAUCUCUUCUGCCAAAGGUGAAAGAUGGCUGGGGCCAGCACCUGCAGACGCUCGAGGGCCAUAGCGAUGAGGUGUUGUCGGUCGCCUUCUCGCCCGACUCGAAGCUGGUGGCCUCGGCCUCACGCGACAAGAUGGUCCGGAUCUGGUCGGCCGAGACGGGCCAAGAGCUACUGACUUUCGAAGUUGAUUGUACCUCCCUGACCCUAUCUUAUGACCGUGAAGACAUGCGCUUAUUUACCGACACUGGGCACGCAGUCACGCAUUAG